GAGUAAAUUUAGCGACUUGUUCUCUAUGCGCUUUAGCUAGUUUCUCAGCGCAUUCGGAAGACUCUUUGAGCCUGCAAAGCAUUGUGUUCGCUGUAACUGUAACGUCAAUGUCAACCAAAAGUUCCGAGUAAAUAAGCAGCAAAUAAAUUUCUGAAAGUGUUUCGAGUGUCUAUUUUUCACUUAAUUAAAUAUCUUCUGUGGAAAAAGAAUAUAUAUUUCCUCGGUCGCUUCAACAAAAAUGUGUAAUAGUGCCCGCAAGGCAAGUAUAAGGAGCUAUACGCUUGGCUUCCAACUCUUCAUGCUCCUGAUCACCCUGAGCCAGCUGCAUUCUUCACAUGGUUUCCAGCAUACAACAACGCACCUGCGAACACCAAAAGACAUUUUAUGUAUUUUCACCACAGACAAUCCCAAUUCGUUUAACUAUCACAUGAGCAUCGCGAAUGCGCUUUCGACGAAUAUUUACUUCACAGUGACCGUAAUUGGUAACUUUCCAGUACCGCACCGAUAUGAAGAUGCGAUGUUCCAAUAUAUACGUUUGAAACCAUUUACAAGUGAUGAUAAUUUAGAACCGAAUAGAACUUAUCAUCGAUAUCAAACGGAAUAUCAACGUUGGCAACAGUUUAUCAAAUUGAAUGUACGACAUUUGGAUGCAUUUUUAUGGAAGAGUCCAAUGAAAUCAUUUGAUUUGGUCAUCUUGGCGUAUUACGGCAAUAUUCAGCACUUGAAGUUUGCUGGCUGCUUUGGUGUGCCCAUUAUAUUGUCCUUCGAUACACGACCGAAUUUCCUGAUCAACUCAUUGGUGGGCAAUCCGCCUGAGUCAGCUUAUAUGCCAUCACCAUUGCAGAAUCGUCAAAAUAUAAUGAGUCCAUUUUGGGAACGUUAUAAAUUUUGGCUGCUCGAUACGUUGGUCGAGUGGACGUUGUACUGGAAUGAGAUAUUUUAUGAUAUGAUGGGAAGUUAUGACAUCAAACAUUUCUCUUGUGCAGGAAAAACUUUGGCAGAAUCGCGUAAACAGAUUGCCCUGAUCUUCACCAAUCAUCACUUCUCCCAAAGUCUCAUACGUCCGAAUGUGCCGGCCAUUGUUGAGAUUGGUGGCAUACACAUAUCAGACUAUAAAGUAAAUCUAUUACCAGAUUUAUUGAGGCAUAUAAAUACAGCAGAGAAUGGUUUUAUUUAUAUCAAUCUUGGUUCGAGCUAUAAUUGUUCGGACGUGCCGACAGGAUUGACCAAUAUCUUGUACGACUAUUUCACCACAAAUCGUAUGUUUGUAGUGUGGCGUUGGGCAUAUUGUAUAGAACCACCAACAUCUCCCUUUAUAUACUAUCAAACAUGGUUGGAUCAGGCUGCAUUGUUGUCGAAUCCCGAUUUGUUGGCCUUCAUAACGCACGGCAGCCAAAAUAGCUUAACCGAAGGCAUACAUUAUAACGUGAAAAUGUUGGCCAUUACAACAACACCCGAACAGAUGGCGAAUGCCGAAUAUUUAGCGGCCCAAGGCGCAAUGCUACACCUCAGGGACGUGGAAGUAGUGUCUCCGCAAAUGUUACAUUUCAGUCUCUAUAAUCUAAUACACGAUCCAACUUUUAAGCAAGUGGCCGCAACUCUUUCGGAAAAAUAUCGCGAUCGGCCGCUGACGCCACGUCAAACCGUGCUCUAUUGGGCCAACUAUGUGUUACGCUAUCGUGGCGCUGUUCACCUACGUUCACCCGCUGUCGAUAUGCAUUAUUUCCAAAGAAUCGGUCUAGACUUCGUACUGGUAACAUUAGCACUUUUGCUGGCUUUCUAUAUUGCUAUUGCUCAGGUGCGUAAAUUGUUUAAGCCACCGCCAUUUACGCCAAAGAAUCAAUACGAUUACAUAAUGGCCGCCCCUGCUGAUAUGUAUAAGAUUGACGAGACGAAAAAUUACCAAAUACGGCCUACAAGCAGUGAUGACACGGCGGGUGAAGAAACGGCAGGUGAAGAUAAGGCGAGGGAAGCGGUGGAAGAAGAUGUGGCGGGCCCGGUGAUGCAACCAAAUCGGCCAAGACAGCGAAAAAAUAUCCAAAAAAACAAGCGUAAAUAAAAAAAAAACAUAAAUACUUUCAAAUCCAAACUUUUUUCAGUUGCUGCAGUGGGUUUUCCAAAACAAGUAGUAAUCUAAGCAAAAGAAAGAAAGUGAAAAGGAUCUGGUAUUGAUAUUGUUAUUCUGUUUAUUUAAAAAAGGUUUAAAUACAAUUAGAGAUAGAGCGAGAGGGAACGAGUGGCAGCGAGAGGGAGAGUGUGUGGCGAAAAGCAAAAAUAUGCCACGCCUUAAAAGUAAAGCGCGUACGCCCGACGUGUUUCUAUUUUUCUCACAGCGAACUUCUCGCCUGCUCCUCGAGUCACUCUGCGCUUACUAAGAAAAUUCAAUAGUUAAAAAUAAGAUAAAAAAAUUAUAUUUAAUUUAAGAAAUAAUUAAACAAAAACCUUUUUUCAACAAAAAAAAAAAGAAUUGUAUAUUAAUUGUUAAAAUGGAAAUCAAGCCAAAAGUUAAAGCAAAAUUGUAUCAUUGUAACUGUUAGUAUUUAACUUAUUGUUAAACAAAUUUAAGUUCUUUUAAUUUUUUUUUUUAAUUUUGUAUAUAACCAAAUAUAAUAUUUUUUGUUUGAAUUUAUUGUAUUUAAAAAUUAUUUCACAAAUUUUUGUUUUAAGAUCAUAUUCGUCUCUUUUAGUUCACAAUAUUAUUUAACGUUUCAGAAAAUUGUAUC